AUGGCUCCGUCCCAGACGACGUCGCCGGACCACGAGCCUCUUAAAUUCUCUCCCCGCUCCGCGUCUCGACUCGACGAGGAAGACGAAGACGACUGGCAGCGCACGAUACGCCCCAUAGCUUUGGGUUCUCGCAGCGUCGCACACUCUCGAGAGCCCUCAGUCGACAAGGCUCAACGGCCCGACGUCUCCGCACACAGCACACAGCCCCGGUCCCACGCACCACCCCCCUCCCGCAAUGCGAUUGGGGGCGUCAUCGAGCGAGUAGUUGAUCCAAAGGCAUCCUCAUACGGCCACCAUAGGCAGACUUCCAUCGUCCAUGGCAUCAGUAUUCACCAUUCAAGGAACGGGAGCCUUGCGAGUUCCGCCUCUGGCCCUCUCAGCCCACAGAUGAUUGCUGCCGCUGCUGCUGGCAUCCCCCCCGACAGAGCAGACAUUUUCCCCGUCUCACGCAUCGAGGCCGACCCUGCUUUGGUAUCUCGGCCACCAACCGCCUUGUCGGGGACGACCAUCGCCUCAAUGCCAAGUGUUCCCGAAAGAACCUCUUCUGCGGCUGGAGACUCUGCUUCCAGCGCUCAGCCCUCAUCGCGCGGGAAGAUGGAGAGAAAACAGAGCGGCAAAGCUCGCCGCGACCAUCAUCAUGCCCAUCAUCCCUCGCACUCCUCUCGCCAUAAAGAAGAAAAGACUGUUGGGGAGUACGCUCUUCAUGUUCUGCUUACUUCUUUCAUCGCGCAAGCCGAGGAGAAGCUGAACGAGUGCGUUGCGGUACCGUUCGAUCCGGAGCCGCAGGUCGAGCUAAUAUGUGGUCCGGGUAUCGACCCUACAUUUGACCAGCACAUUGUGGCCCUUGGGCACAUUGCGAAGUUAAGGCCGAAACCGCUCAUCGAUUCCAUCAUGCUCUGGCGAAAAAGCAAAAGCGACGCUGCCAAUGAGGCGAGAAUGCAACUCCAGCAAUCUCGUGUAUACCCUUCCCCCGGCCCGUUGCAGAGACGCAACACCGAACCCGUUCAGCCGAGUGCAACUGGACCUGGCUCCGAACCAUCUAGUGCUGGACAUUACGCCUCCCUUGCAGCAAAACAAGAGUAUGUUGCCCAGGCAGAGCGCCGUGCGGCAGUUUCCAUAUAUAUCCUUUGUCGUGUGUUGCUGGAAGUCAUCAAUCAAAGCACUCUUGCCUCCAUUACGCCAGAAAUGGAAGACAAGCUUGAAAACAUCAUAUUCGGGCAGCUCAAGAACUACGAUACCGAGCAGCUGAUGGCUUCUCCAUUAAAACUUGCCAAUUGGAAUCUCUUCGCUCAGCUCAUGGGAGCUAUGAGUGAGAUCAACUUCACCAGCGUUACUGAACGCUUCAUUACAGAUCUCGACCGCUCUUUACAAGAGUUGGCCACCAAAAGUCCGACAUCCUCCAUUCGUGAGAUUGAGAACAAGAUGGAGCUCGUUUUGGGCGGCAUGAAGCAUCUGCGGAUCAAGACUUCUCCAGAAGAAGCUUGGGACCGUUCUUGCGAGUUCCUUGCUGCACUCGGGAAGCUGUUCCAUCGUUCCCACGGGCCGAAAAUAAAAUCGGCGUUUUGCCAGGUACUGGACAUGCUUGUGCUCCCCAUCGCCGCCAGCGCUACCAACAGUGAGCUUUCGCAUCCGAAAUGGAAUGAUGUACUAGCAACCAUCUCUCCCCGGCUGGCUCAGAUGUUUGUUAAGCCGCGGCAUUGGCAAUACGCCUUCCCUUUGACGGCCACAAUGCUGUGUGUCUCGCCGCCCGACAGUUUUGUCAGCCAAUGGCUGCAGUUGAUCUACCCUUUGCAACAGCGCCUCAAGGAGCGCCCCACGAAGCCCCUAUGCUUACAGGUCAUUUCCCGGCUGGUGUGGACGUAUCUGUAUCGCACGACUGACAGCACCUCGGGUACAAUGAAGAAGCUCGAUGAGAUUGUGAAGAUGAUUCUCCCGCCAAACGUCAGGAAAAUAUUUAGUGCAACUGAUGCGCCUGUUGUUGACCCCCUGAUCCAAAUCAUCAGGUUCAUUGGGUUCAAGCAUCCCGAGUACUGUUUCAGGAGUGUCAUAUUUCCGCUGGUCAAUGCGGAUCUUUUCAUGUCGACUAAAGAUCUCAAGGACCUCAAGAUUGAACAGCUCGACCCGGAUAGGAUGGUUCUGGGGAUUCGGGCCUUUCUUACCAUCAUGUCGGACCUAGAGAAAGGAGAAAAGGGCAAACCACCCUUUCCACAAUCAUACGCUUAUUCUCCUCCCCCCGAGCGUGCGCAACCCACGUCUCCCGCCUUUGGUUCUGCUCGUGAAGGAUCUUCUGUCGCCUGGUCUGCUCUCUCGGGUGGCGAGAGGCUUUCUAGGCCAGUCAUGGUGUCAGCGCUGAGUGACAGUGUUCGCGAUUACUACACCAAGUUUUGCGAGAUCCUUGGCAAAAUCAGCAUUAUUUGCGACAAUACUUUUGGCGGUCAGGCUGCUCUGGACGAGAAGUUCGAGAAAAUUGAAAAGCUGGAGAAGUUUAACAGCCCCGGCCCCAAGACUCCCAUCACAGAAACAUUCAACUUCUCGCGAAAGGAUGACCAUGCCAAUUUACAUGACCAAAAGCAAGCCUUCUACGAGUUGCUGCAUGUAGCCGUGCAAGCUCUUCCACGCUGUCUGUCGCCUGCCAUCCCCUUUAAUACCUUGGUCAACCUCCUUUGCACUGGCACGGCACAUGUUCAGCAUAACAUUGCCGAAUCAUCAGCCCAGUCAUUGAAGGCAAUCGCCCGGCAGUCACAUGCCCAUCAAGUAACUAUGGGCUUUGCUCGCUUCAUUUUCAAUUUUGACGACCGGUACUCUACCAUGUCGGAUGGCGGUAUGCUAGGGCCAGAUCAUAUCGAAAAAACCCUUAUGCUGUACAUUGAACUUCUGCACAUCUGGAUUGAUGAGAUCAAGCAGAAAACCAAGACAGCCGCGGACGAUAACAAGGAGUCUAGUCCUGCAGACAAGAGGGGCAUCAAACUCGACCUCUCGAGCGUCUGGGCAGAAGUGGAUCAAGUGGAAGCACAUGGUCUAUUUUUUCUUUGCUCACAAUCGCGCCGGGUCCGAUAUUACGCUGUUAGCGUGCUCCGUUUAAUCAAGGAGUUUGAUGCCGUUCUCAGAAAUCCGAACGGCCACCAAAAGGACACAACACGGCUCAUCGACAUCCUCGAGAACGAUGCCAUACAGGUGAUGAGCUUCAACGACGAACAGCUUUCUGUCGCCGAGCGAAGCAGGCUACAGCGGGGCAUGCAGAACACCAACAGCCGAGGGGCGCUGAUUGAGCUCUGCACGAGUGACUUGUCAUAUGACACAACGCUGUGGUUCAAGAUAUUCCCCAACUUCAUUCGGAUUGCCUUCGACAAGUGUCCCUUUGCCAUCACUCUGAGUCGAGAUCUCAUCUGCGAGAGGAUACUUCAGCUGUACAAGGUUAUCACUGUCCUAUCUGAGCCCGCUGGGGGCCCUCGAGGACAAUAUUUUGCUGAUCCUGGUAGUGGACGAAUGGCAGCAAAGACCCCAACUACGCAGCCGGAGGUUCUUAUCGAGCAGUGGAAACUCUAUCUUGUCUUUGCCUGCACCACGCUUGCAGAUCCCGGCAGCGCCCAGGGCAGCGGGGUGCCAAAUGGCCAACAUGGAAGAAAGGGGUCAUCCGCUGCAGAAAAGAUAGGGUCAGCACGGACGUUGUUCAAGUACCUGAAUCCUAUGCUUUCUUGCUCAUCUGAUGCUGUUCGAGAGGCUGUUGUCACCGCGAUGGGCUCCAUCAAUGUCCACAUCUAUCGUACCUUGCUCGAGGAGCUCCAGGGACAGGUUUCCCGCUGCCAUGACGAUGCUCGACAACGAAUUCACCAGCGUACCAACAGCAGCCCUCGGAGGAACCGCAAGAUGGAUAUCCUGCGGACCGAGAUUACCCAUGUGUACCGGCUUACAUCUCACUUUCUCCGGGAGCCCCAAGUCUACCAAGAUGAUUGGAUCCUUCACAACCUGCUGACAUACACCAAGGAAUUGAAACUAUUUCUGAUGGAUGGAGAGGUUCAAAUGGAUUGGGAAUUCCAAAAGCUCAGGCGCCAUUACUGCGGUCUAAUGGAGGAGCUGUUUGAAGGAAUCAACCGCACAAAAGAUCCGUCAAAAUGGAUGCCAUUUGAGGCCCGUAAAUCGGCGUUUGCUCUGAUGGAAGAUUGGUGCGGCUUUUCUCCGAAUCAGCACCAGAUUCGGCAAAGAGAGGAGACCAUGCGACAGUCGAUCAUCGACCAGAAGGGUGCAGGCGAACGUGGCAUGGUGACUGCGAAGAUGGAGAUUGAAAAGCGAAACCUGCGCACAGCAGCUCUUAGUGCCAUGGCAGCUCUCUGCGCAGGGCCGAUCAGCGUCACCACUGAAGGCGGGUCAUCUCUUUCAUUUGAUCUCCGGCGAAUGUUGACCUGGAUCGAGUCUAUUUUCAACUCAGGCAGCGAUCGCAUCAACGUUAUCGGCAGGAGGGCGCUCAAGAACCUGAUUGUCUAUAACAAGGAAUACCCGUACUUGCUCGAGCACUGCAUCUCGAGAUGCUAUUUGCUUGAGGCGCCCAAAGUUGUCGAAAGCUACUUUAUCGUGGCAGCUGAGGUGCUCCUUGAACAUCCUACUUACCCUUUGGCGUUCUGGAAGGUACUAGGUCUUUGCCUCUUCAUGCUGGGCAAUGAUCAAAGCACUAUUCGGUCCAGGGCCGCCAACCUGCUUAAAGCGUUGGAGGAACGGCAGCCACAGGCUCGAAGCUCAAAAAUCCAAGAUUUUGACAUCAGUGUUUCUGACAAGACCAAGGCGGUUUACAAGCUGGCCCAGUUUGAAAUCUCCAAGCGGCUGGCAAAACAGUAUACCGAAGCGGCGUUCCACAUCUUCUCUGAGUUCACAUUGUACUUCAAGGAGCAGCAGGUCGCGGCACAGAAGAACGUGAUUGCUGUCAUUCUUCCCUGGAUCCAAGCUGUGGAGCUAAAGGUUGAUCCCAACGGGGGGCCAACUGCGCAGUCCUACGUGUUGCUUGCAAACCUCUUGGAGAUCACCAUUAAGUCUAGUGCUGUAUUACACAAUGAGGUCCAGGCACUUUGGCAGGCGCUCGCUACGGGCCCCUAUCCCGGCAACGUGCGUGUCAUCUUGGAUUUCAUUAUGUCUCUGUGCCUCGAGAGAAGAGAGCAGAAUUUUGUGGAGUACGCCAAGCAGAUUGUUGUCUUCCUUGCAAGCACAAACAGUACCCCGGGCAACCAAGUCGUCGAAUUCUUGCUGCUCCAGAUAACCCCUAAGGGCAUGGUACCCAACGAGAAACGCGAAGCACUCCCUCCCCCCCCAGAUAUCAACACACUGCCUUACUGCGCAGAUCUCUCCGACGCCUUGCCUAUCGGGACAAAGCAAGCAGGUUUUUCCCUCGGUCAGUUGUCUUUGAUCCUUCUCGUCGAUCUCAUGGUAGCACCCGUCAGCCUCGCUGCCGAGAGCAUCCCGGUUCUGCUUCAGGUCGUCACCGUGCUCUGGGAUCAUUACACGCCUUUGGUUCAGGAGCAGGCACGUGAGAUGUUAGUGCACCUCAUCCAUGAGCUUGUCAUUUCCCGCCUUGACGACAACACUCCAGUAGCAACAAAGCAACGAAUCGAAAUCUUGAUUGAUGCCAUCCGUCGUCACGACCGAUCUGUGGUCUGGGGUUAUGAUGAUAGCAAUGGAAAAGUUGACAGCCAGCAUGACAACAAAGUUCCCCCAAGCAUGGAGUACUUGACAUCUCAAGUCGUCGACACAUUUGAAAUUACUUUUCCUGGCAUCAAAGACCAGUGGAGCAAGCUGUCACUGACCUGGGCAACCUCAUGCCCAGUCCGGCACCUAGCCUGUAGAUCCUUCCAGAUCUUCCGGUGUAUCCUUACCUCGCUCGACCAACACAUGCUUGGGGAUAUGCUUGCGCGUCUCUCCAAUACAAUCGCUGACGAAGAAUCCGACAUACAAGCAUUCUCGAUGGAAAUUCUUACGACGCUCAAGACACUGAUUCUGAAGCUUGAUGCCGACAUGCUUCUUACUCUUCCUCAACUCUUCUGGACGAUGUGUGCCUGCCUAGAUUCGAUCAAUGAAUGCGAGUUCCUCGAGGCAGUGGAGAUGCUCAAUGAGUUCCUCAACAAGCUCGACUUUAACUCGCCGAUGGUCCGGCGGUUGUUGCAUGAUGGCAAGCCAUCCAAGUGGGAUGGGCCUUUCGAUGGACUGCAGCCUUUGCUGUACAAAGGCUUGCGAUCAUCAACUUGUCUGGACCUGACGCUCAAGACGAUGGAUAGGUUGAUCCAGCUGCCCAACGAUGAUCUGAUUGGAGACAGCAACCGUUUAUUCUUCACAAUCAUUGCCAACCUUCCUCGCUUCUUACACGCUAUGGACCAGCCAUCUUUCGACCAUGACACGAUCCAGACAGCCAAGAUAUUGAUGAAAAUUGCAGACCAGCAGGGAUUGAUGAAUGUGGCCGUGGUCCUUGAUGACUUUGCUGGCUCCAGGUUUUCAUCAGACGAUGAUUUUAUCUCUCAGAUGUUCGAUGCCCUACGCGAACGAUUUCUUCCAGCUUUGGACUUCCCAAUGAUCACCAUGUUGAUGGGCUUCUUGACGAAUGCGAUCUCUUGGGUUAAGAUAAAGACAAUGCGAAUACUGAGAGUAGUCAUCCCCGAAGUGGAUAUGAGAAAGCCAGAAAUUGCCAGCCACGGAUCUGACAUGAUCUCUCCCUUGCUUCGUCUUCUGCAAACGGAGUAUCGUAUGGAGGCCUUGAGUGUGCUUGACAAUAUUAUGACUAUGUCCGGAUCAUCAAUGGACAAGCACCAUCUCCGCAUGAGCAUGACCCGGUUUACUUCCAAGGCUGUGCGGAAAGAGUACGAACGGACUCAAAGCUUGUUCGGCAUACCGGAAGCAUCGGGAUGGGCAGUUCCUAUGCCAGCACGCAAAAUGGAUCUGACUCGUGCCAACAUCCACGCCGCUUUUUACAUGUGCCAGAGCGACGAGGGCGUGGUUGCGCAGCCGACCAUAACAUCUGAGGUUGAGUUUCAUACGGAUGAGUUUCCGUACGGGUACUUCCCCGGCUCGGAUCGGGCCGACACGAUGAUGUCAGAUGAAGGACGAGGAGACGGGCCCAUGGCAGGCGACUUGUACUCCAAGAUCGAUAGCCUGGACGAUUUCUUUGACGACAUAUCAACGACUACCCCGCCAAGUGAUGGCCGGUCAUCGCGUACCGUGACGGAGUUCUCACCAGACACCUUCGAAUCGGGUGCGCAAUUAUACGAUGAGCAGGUGCUGCCGAUCUUGCACCAGGCAUCAAGUAAUAACACGUCAUUCCAGAACGUUUUUGCCGACAGGCCUCUCUACAUGCCACGGGAAGGCAGUGCUCCAAGCAAUACCAUGACGCCGGGGGCAUUCAAUGUUGGCGGUAGCAUCAGCAGUGGCGGGCCUAGUCCUAAUGCCACAGCAGCAAUGACGUCCUCUACUGGGGUUACUGCGCCACCAGCCCGUCCAGGUAUGCACACCCGUUCAGUCACGUCGCCCUCGGCACCGGCAUCGUCAUAUCAUGCGCAGUUGGGAACGGGAGACUUGACGUCGGACGACGAGUGUCCCGAGGACAUAUUCUCUGAUGGCGAUGACGAACGGCCUAGCACAGGACAUGGCGACGGCGCCGGUUCAUUUUUCCUCGAAAACGUGAUCCGUCCGUUGGCGCAGGGCACAAGGUCCCUCAUCAGUGUCGCAGACGAUGACAUCUAA